AUGGCACCCCUUGGGUCUGAGGGAGGCGUGACCUCCCCGGCAGUCACUCCAGAGCCGACAGAUGCGCAUAACGCCGGCAGCCUUGGUGAGGCCACUGAGGCUCCCAGCAAGGAGUUGGGGGGUGAACUCGAGAUCAAAGGGAGGGGUGUUGUGUAUGUUGCCCAGUUGCCCCACGGGUGGACUCGCAUGCAAGUGAUCCGUUAUUUUGAGAAGUUUGGGGAGGUGACCCGGGUGUUUUUAAAUCGUAAGGAUACGAAGGGUAAUAGACGUGGCAAGGGGUUCAUCUUUACCGAUGGGUGGAUAGAGUACAGGAAGAAGAAACAUGCCAAGCGCGUCGUGGCUCUUAUGCACGGGCAGCCGUUUGGAGGGAAGAAGAGAAACAAACACGCCCAAGACCUACUCAUGCUUUCGUACCUCAAAGGCUUUGACUUUGGUUCCCUCUAUGAAGACGUCAUGCACGUGAAACGCACACGGCAGGAUAGGCUGAAUGCUCAAAUGACCAGAGUUAAGAAGGAAAGCCAAAUCUACAUGGAGCUCUUGGAGCAGAAGCACUCUGUGGAGCAGCGCCAGCUAAGAUUAAGUAAAACGAAGGAGAAAGAAAUGGCAGAAGAUUCUGACGUGCACACAUCUGCUGCACCAUUCUUAUCCUCCAAGAAGCCAGGAGGUGUAGGGAAGUCACCAGUUAUGUACGCGAGGAAGGAAGAAACAAAGAAGCAACAGACGGGGCUGACGAGCAACGCCUCAGUUAGCUCUGCACUCUUAAAGAUGUUGGCAGCUUGA